AUGGCCCUUGGGCCCCGAUGCCUCCUGCUACUCCUGACUCUGCAUGGCAUCUCUGGAAAGGUUCUGCAUGCAGGGUGUGGCCAGUCCCAGGUUUCAGCGACCUGGGGCCGCAUUGUGGGGGGCCACCCAGCCCAGGCAGGGGCGUGGCCGUGGCAGAGUAGCCUGCGCAGACGGAACGUGCAUGUGUGUGGAGGGGCCCUGAUCAGUUCCCAGUGGGUGCUCACGGCUGCCCACUGCUUCUCAGAGUCCCUGAACGCGUCUGACUACCAGAUCCACCUAGGGGAGCUGAGGAUCACUCUGUCUCCCAGAUUCUACACUGUGAGGCAGAUCCUCCUCUACUCAGGCCGCCCUGGACCGCCGGGCACCCGUGGAGACAUUGCCCUCGUGCAGCUGAACACUUCGGCCCUCCUCUCCCGAUGGGUCCUGCCCAUCUGUCUACCUGAGGACUCAGCCACCUUCUGGCCUGGGAUGCGCUGCUGGGUGACCGGCUGGGGUUACACACAGGAGGGAGAGCCUCUGCCACCCCCGUACAGCCUGCAGGAGGUAGAAGUCUCGAUUGUGGACAUGGAGGCCUGCAGGCAGGACUACAACAACACAGGUGGUACCAUCCAGUCGGACAUGCUGUGUGCUCAGGGCCCCGGAGAUGCCUGCCAGGACAACUCCGGAGGACCACUGGUCUGUCAGGUGGAUGGCAUCUGGCUGCAGGCAGGUGUGGUCAGCUGGGGUGAGGGCUGUGGUCGCCCCAACCGCCCUGGCGUCUACACCCUCGUCCCUGCCUAUGUGAACUGGAUUCACCUCCACAUCCUGGCAGCGAGGGAGUCAGGGCUGGCCCCCCUGCCUCUUGUGGCCAGCUUCUUCCUCCCCGGACUCUUCCUCCUCCUCAUCUCCUGUGUGCUGGUGGCCAAAUGCUCUCUGUACAGAGCCCCCUCCUCCCCUCUAACGUCUGAUCUUUAA